AAUGGAAGCAGCGACUACAGGACUUCGACAGUCAAUGCUUUUCUGGUAGCCUUUUGUUUUGAUAAUGCAUUGUGCGAAGAAGAGCGGCAAAGAAAAUAACAUCGCGUGGGUUUUGGAUACAGGCACAACCACAACUCCAAAGGCAACCGAAAUUAUGUAAUUAAUGGAGAUGUUCUAGUGUUCGAAGUCUAAUUUAAUCUCAAACUGAAAUAAUUGGAUCAAACAUUUGAAUAGAGGGGAAAGUCGAGACAGUGGGCUCCGCGCGUGCGGCUCAACCUAUGUAGCUCCAGAUGCACAACGGUAUUCUGUUACUUUUUAUGGCUACAGUUGGAGACCGAGCGGUUACGAGCGAGCUUUAACAGACAUGUGCAGUCGGGAGCAGCAAUAAUACACCGCAUCGCACAGGAGCCAGCGGUCUGUGAUUUUGCAACAAGGAGCUGAUAAAAGCAAUACAUUGUUCUGUAACUAAAGUGAUCCAGUGCGCAAUGGGCGACAAGGCGUCAAACUUCAGGUUGAAGCACCGGCGAGUGGCUAUCGUCACCUACCAGACGGAUACUUUAACGAUUGGCGAAGCUCUAAGCAAAAAAGAAGGGAAGCGUUUUACAUUUAGAAGAGAGAUUAACUUUUGGUUGGGAAUUUAAUUGGAUAACGGUAGGAAAAAGAAAGACACUUUCUGGGUGAAAUUAGUCACAUUCUCUGCCUGACAGUACCACUGUGAUAAUUGUCGAAAGGUUUCAAUGUUAUUAUUUAGAAUAUUACAUAUAACAUCGGACUGCACUUGACUUGGUCACUUUUGUCUACCCAAUUACACAGGGUAGGCUACGAUUAAGUGGCAAUGAUGGACAUUAAUAGGUUAGUAAUUUGAAGUCAAAGAAUAUAUAGCCAUAUUAUUAUUUGUGUCAAUAAGUUGAGAUAUAAAAGGGAUAUUUUAAUUUGCACUAUGAUGGAAGUACCACCACCAUGCUCGAAAAAGAGCCUUUCUCUUUCGCUCCCCGUUCCCCGGGAGCAGGCGACCCUAAAGCCUCCGCAACAUCUUUGGAGGCAGCCACGGACCCCCAUCAAAAUCAAACACCGGGGAUACUCCGACACCGACCGCAAACACCACCGAGGGAUAGAGCGCUCUAAUGCCAUGGACACGAGCGACAGACCGGGGCUCAGGAAGUGUCGGAUGUCCUGGCCAUCCUCGUUCCAAGGAACCACGAACCCCUCCAUCGGCAAUUGUGUUGGAAAUAGACGGUUUGACUCGGAGAAUGGUCCUUCGCCCGGCCGCAGCCCCAUGGAUUCGCAGGCGAGUCCUGUGCUGGGGCUGCACCCCUCCUUUACCACAGAGGGGUGCAGGAGUCGCGGGGAGCGCAGGGAGUCCUUCCUGUACCGAUCAGACUCUGACUAUGACAUGUCCCCCAAGACCAUGUCACGCAACUCCUCCAUCAACAGUGAGGGGCAUGCAGAAGAUCUCAUAGUCACCCCUUUUGCUCAGGUGUUGGCCAGUCUACGAACUGUAAGAAGCAACUUCACCAUCCUCGCCAAUGUCACGACACCCACUAACAAGAGGUCACCAGUGACAAGCCAACCCACUGUUCCCCAGGCAACACUCUCUGAUGAGACGUACCAGCAGAUGGCAAGGGAGACUCUGGCUGAGUUAGACUGGUGUCUGGACCAGCUGGAGACCAUCCAGACCCACCGCAGCGUCGGUGACAUGGCCUCCAACAAGUUUAAGAGGAUGUUGAACCGGGAGCUAUCUCACCUGUCAGAGAUGAGUCGUUCAGGGAACCAGGUGUCUGAAUACAUCUCCACUACCUUCCUGGAUAAGCAGAAUGAGGUAGAGAUCCCGUCUCCGACCCUGCGGGAGCGGGACCGGGACAAGCCCAUGUGUCAUAUCAGUGGAGUGAAGAAGCUGACACACAGCUCCAGCCUGUCCAUCAACACCACCAUGCCACGCUUCGGAGUCAAGACUGAACAGGAGGAUGCACUGGCCAGGGAGCUGGAUGACUUGAAUAAGUGGGGCCUUAAUAUCUUUCGUCUGGCUGAGUUCUCCAAUAAUAGGCCUCUCAGCUGCAUCAUGUUCGCCAUCUUCCAGGAGAGGGAUCUGUUGAAGACGUUUCGAAUCCCUGUCGACACCUUCGUGACCUACGUUAUGACCCUGGAGGACCACUACCAUGCCAACGUGGCCUACCACAACAGCCUCCACGCCGCUGACGUCACACAGUCCACCCACGUCCUGCUGUCCACACCGGCUCUGGACGCUGUGUUCACUGAUCUGGAGAUCCUGGCUGCGUUAUUCGCUGCUGCCAUCCAUGAUGUGGAUCAUCCUGGUGUAUCCAACCAGUUCCUCAUCAACACCAACUCGGAGCUGGCUCUGAUGUACAAUGAUGAGUCAGUCCUGGAGAACCACCACCUGGCCGUGGGCUUCAAGCUGCUCCACGAGGACAACUGUGACAUCUUCCAGAACCUCAGCAAGAGGCAGAGACAGAGCCUGCGCAAGCUCGUUAUCGAUAUGGUGUUGGCGACAGAUAUGUCCAAGCACAUGAGUUUGCUGGCUGAUCUGAAGACCAUGGUGGAGACGAAGAAGGUGACCAGUUCAGGAGUGCUCCUGCUCGACCACUACACUGAUCGCAUCCAGGUGCUGAGGAACAUGGUGCACUGUGCGGACCUAAGUAACCCCACCAAGCCCCUGGUCGUGUACAGAGAGUGGACUGAGCGCAUCAUGGAGGAGUUCUUUAGACAGGGGGACAAGGAGAGGGAGAGAGGCAUGGAGAUCAGCCCUAUGUGUGACAAACACACUGCUUCUGUGGAGAAGAGUCAGGUGGGCUUCAUCGACUACAUCGUGCACCCUCUGUGGGAGACGUGGGGGGACCUGGUGCACCCUGACGCCCAGGACAUCCUUGACACUCUGGAGGACAACAGGGACUGGUACCAGAGCACCAUCCCCCAGAGCCCCAUCUCCCCACCCCCAAUCCCCCUCGGCCCAGACAAGAGGCUCAACGCCUGCAUCGACAAGUUCCAGUUCAAGCUCACCUUGGAUGACGACACGGAGGGAGGACAGGAGGAGGAAGAAGAGGAGGAGGAGGGGAAAACCACCCCCAAUCACAUGGUGCUGGACUGCAGUCAGGGAGAGGAGGAAGACAAGAAAGAAGAGUGGGAAGGAGAGGACGUGGUAAAGGAUGAAAGGGAAGGAGACAUCAUCGAGGAGGAAGGGGAAUUAGGGAUGGAGGAGGAGGAGGAGAAGAGGGGAGUUCUUCAGCGAGCUCAGUCAGGGGUGGAGAUACACUCUGACACAAGCCCCGUGGAGGACGAGGAGGAGGAAGACUCCUCCUCACCAGCUGAUGACACAUGAGUUCCGCUCCUCUCUCCCUGGCAACACCCCACAUGCAUACACAACGCCCCUGUUGUCCAUCCUUUAUUUCCGAUGGCCAAAAUCCAAUAUCAAAUAAGACUACAUAGACAAUUGACCUUUAAAUCUAUUUUUCAAAAAGGGAACACAAAUAAUAUUGCUUAAAGAAAAGCUAUUUACACAGCAACUGUAGAUUUGGAGCUGGAGGUGUUUCUUCCAGCUGAUGCUUGAGGAACUGCUAUGAGGACAAAGAGGAACAUAGAGAAGCAUUAAUAAUGGGCCAUUGAAGACAGUGUAGCACUGGAACUGAAACACACACACAUAAACAUGCACAAACUCACCUCCACACACAAACACACCUCACUCACACACUUUGAUUCAUGGAAAAAAAAACUCUGAAGUCUACAUACGAGAAUGUGUGUGUUUGUGUGUUUGCGCGUGCCUAUGUGUGCGUGUGUGUUUAGAGGAAUCUGAUUGGUAACGAAUCUCUUUGGAAAAAGCCAUCUCUAUAUGGAGUAUUAACUAGCGUCAGUCAGUAUUACUAGUUCAUGUUUGUUAGAAUUCAACAAGAACUCUGUUUUUUUCUGGGUGACUUAUUUUCCAUUUCUGUCGGAAAGAAAACUACAGAUAUCUGUCUAUAGAGGAGGAGUGGAGCGAGAAAAGAAGUUUAUUAAGUUUAAUAAAGAAAGGAAGAUGCUGUGAUGAGAGGACCUGAGGGUCCCGACUCCAUUUUCCCUUUAUGAAGAAGUGCUACCGGUAUAAGAUGGCUGUGUGCCUUUCUGGAAACACCAGCUCCUGAAACAUGGAGCUGUUGUGAAGCAGUGCAUCGUGGGACAGGAGUGUCGGCUUUUGUCUUCAUUUUAGAUUGUCUCUUGUUCAAAUAUCUAUUGUAACUGUUAAUGAUUUUGUGUGUCUGUGUGUGUGUGUGUGUGUGGUGUGUGUGUGUGUGUGUGUGUGUGUGUGUGUGUGUGUGUGUGUGUGUGUGUGUGUGUGUGUGUGUGUGUGUGUGUGUGUGUGUGUGUGUGUGUGUGUGUGUGUGUGUGUGUGUGUGUGUGUGUGUGUGUGUGUGUCACAUGCUCAGUAUGUUUCUGUGGUGACAGGUUUUCAGCUGUAAGUCUUCCUUUGUUGCUUUUCAAGUUGAUGAGACGUUUCAGAACUUGUAGAUAAGGAGCGGUCACUACCACUACACCACCACACCUGCUGCUCGUGGACUCUCCAGUUUUUACAUAUGAAAAUUAUUUUUAUUUUUUACUUUCUGAGGAUAAGCCAUGUGAUACUUCACAGUAUAUGUUCUGCCUGUUUUCUAUUUUUUAUUGUUUUUGCUAAAUAUGUUUGAAGGAUUAGGAUAAUAUCAUCAGCAGCACAAAUUCACAUUCUGUCUCUUACCCAGUCACACGGUAUUUAUUCACCAGUCUCUUCUCACUCACUGCACCAGUUGUCACCAAAGCAACAGAUUGGAAACUGAUGAGGAGAGAUGCUUUGACGGGGCAGAGUGAGAGGAUUUUGUCAGGGUGAUUUUAGGAUUGGAGGGAAUCGAAAGAACGAGCUUGGCCAGAAAGGAGGCUGUUCAGACAGUCACACACAGCCAUUCUUGUUAUGUUUUAAGCUUUUCUGCCUUAAUGUCAAAUGCAGCUGCAACUAUGUAGAUUUAUAAGAUAAAUUCUAAAUACCCUAGUAUAUUUAUACCAUGUCUGUAUGCCUCUAUAUGUGAGUGUCUGUGUGUCUAUACACAAUGUACCCAGCAACAUUUUUAUGAGAGAGAGAGAGAGAGAGAGAGAGAGAGAGAGAGAGAGAGAGAGAGAGAGAGAGAGAGAGAGAGAGAGAGAGAGAGAGAGAGAGAGAGAGAGAGAGAGAGAGAGAGAGAGAGAGAGAGAGAGAGAGAGAGAGACAAGCACACAGCUUGAAUAGGUCUCAGUUUGACUUGGAGUUGUUCACAGGGUAAAAAACAACAACAUAAGUAUAGCUGGUUUCUGCUGGUCGGUAACGUAGCUCGUCUAAAGAACAGCCUGUGCCUGAUGGAACAGAGGCCUGAGAUCCAUCCAGUCCAGCUCUGAUUGGCUGGAGCAGCAUUGCGGUGUCACUGCACAUGCCUUUAAUUGUUGGAACGGGAAUCCAACAUUACUGUCUCAGUACCUGGAAUAGGAGAUUCCCAUGAAGCUUCCCUCUGUCUUUGAAGAUAUACGGCUUUGUUUAUCUGGCUUUUUGUUUUUUUUCAUGAGCUAUAAAAACAAAUAAAUAUUUAAUUGCCAUUUUAACACAAUACUGUAGCGUUCAUUUCUUAUUAAGAAAUUAUUCAUUUGAUGAAUUGCUGCCAUUCUUUUUAAAUAUUGAACAGAAAACCAUGGAAAAUACCACAAGUUUGUGUACAGUUUUUAUUUUUGUAUCAUUCUGGUGGAUGGAUGGUCAAGAAACAAAACUAUAAUGACAUAUUGAUAAUAUAACUAUUAGCAUUAUCACAGCUUGUUUUGUAUAUUUUGUAAUGUUUGAUUGUAAAUUAGAAAUUGAUUCAGGUCAUUAUCAUUGAUAAUUAACCAUGUUUUAGUUACAAGAAAAUAACUAAAUUAGUAAAUCACUACUGGCCACCAUCAUGCUUUCCUUCUCUUUUUCUGUCCUCAUCUUUCCUCUGUCUUUCUCUUUUGUGCUAUCAUUUUUCUCACACACAGAAGUGUGUAAAUUUCAUUAUUAGAUUAAUUAGAUGGAUUGGAUGAAUCAGGAUUAGAUUAAUCAUCAGAAAAAUGAAAAUAUUUUGUACCAGAACUUUAUUUCAAGGGAGGUUGUAGGGUAGACAGUGUGGUUAAAGUAAUAUGUGGGUACAGAAUGUGUUUGUUGGAAGAUUUGGAAGUUAUGUCUCUCACUAGUACCGUUGGACCUGGUUUAAACCUUAUUUUUUUCUAUUGUGCUAUUCCAUGUUUGCCCAUUCCAUAUUGCUCAAGUCAUAAUCAAUGAAAACUAUUCAUUAUCAAUAUGUCAUGUAGGAGUGGUUGUGAGUAAUUGACAGAUGUGUAUGGGUGAAGCGAGAGGUAAAAAACAAGAAGGUUCUGAGAGAAACUUUGUGUAGCUAUUUUGAAAUUAGCUCCACCUCCACUUCUUGGUCAGUUUUGUCAUAUUAGACUCCCUCCAAGAACAAUUAUCUGGGCUUUAAUCCAUGUGUUACUUGUUCACAAGUUAGGAAAAUUAUAUAAAUGGAAAAAACACCAUGAAAUGAUUGUAAUAUUUGUAAAUUAUAUUGCUGUAAUGUGUAAAAUGUGUCCAAGUUAUUUUUUAUUAUAUUAUUUUUAUGAAAGGUUUUCUUCUGAGAGAACUGAGGUGUUAUUUUGUGAAUAAAAUGCAUUUAAUAAGCAAACAGCUAUAUAAUACAAUUAUAUAUCAGUAUAUUUUUAUUUUAUUUCACUGUUCGGUACUGUAAAGUGUGUUAAAAUUACAAAUAAAGGAACAUUUUUUUAUAAUAUAAGCAAAGAGAAAUAGCCUAUUGGCUUGUAUUUGUUGUCUGUGUAGGCUACUGUGUGUGCUUAAUAAUUGUAUCAGAGAUGAUAAAAAAGGAGU